AGAAUCUAGAGUUAGAUCUAGAUCUAGAUCUUGAAUCUAGAGAUACUCGAGAUCUAAAUAGAAUCUAGAUCUAGAUUUCUAGAUCGAGAACUAGAAUAUAUAAUCUAGAUCUAGAAAACUAUAAUCAGUACAAACAAUGUCUACCCCUGCCAAUAGUAGUUGGCUGAAGGAGUGGAUGUUGAUGCACAACAGUUUUAUCAGUGAAGGAAAGCAACAACAGCCUGAAGUAGUGCUGUUAGGCGACUCUCUUAUUGCUAACAUGUGCUUGUCACCGCUGUGGCAACAGAUGUUUGAACCUUUGAACUGUCUCAACUUGGGUAUAGGGGGUGACACGACAGAGAAUGUUCUUUGGAGGAUUCAAAAUGGGGAGUUUGAUAACAUUCAGCCAAAGGUUAUUGCCAUUUUAGUUGGCACUAAUAACGUCGACCAUUCAGCAGAUAGGGUUGUAGAAGGAAUCUUGGACAUUGUGCGAGCAUUAAGAGUAAAGCAGCCUUCUUCACACAUUAUUGUUAUGGUGAAGGCUUCCAUUUCUGCAUGUGGAAAACUGGUUCAAGGGCAAGAUGGUCAGGUCGAAGAUAUUCAUUUGUAUCUGAAAAAUGUUCGUGGAACCGCAGCCUAUUGGCGAACGGCACUUAAUGAACUGAUUGGGCAAAUACGAUGUCUGGGGCCACCUACGUAUUUUGUAAUGCUGAGCUGUAAUGAUUUACACUGGCUUGACAUGCGCAAAGCUUUGUUAGUUGCUGACGGAAGGCCGGAUGAGAAUCCGAACAAUUUGACCACGUAUGAAUUACAGCGAUUGAACAAUUUCCUGUUCUAG